AUGGCCCCUCAAGAUACGUUCAUUGAUGAAGAAGAUGACACUUGCCCCCUCUGCAUAGAAGAAUUCGAUCUUUCGGAUCGGAACUUUCGUCCAUGUCCUUGCGGAUAUCAGAUUUGUCAGUUCUGCUACAACAAUCUCAAGAACAACCUGAACGGACUAUGUCCCGCAUGCCGACGGCCUUACGACGAAAAAGACAUCAAGUGGAAGGUGGUCACACACGAGGAGGAGGCUGAAUUCAGAGCCAACAUCCAGAAGAAUCAGAAGAAGCGGGCGUCGGAACAGCGCCAGAAGGAAGCCCAGAGGCGCGAGGCCGAGAAAGAGAAUCGCAAGAAUCUCCAGGGUGUCCGCGUCGUACAGAAGAACCUCGUCUAUGUGACGGGUCUGACGCCUACCGUACGCGAAGACGAACUCCUCAAGACGCUUCGCAAGCCCGAAUUCUUCGGCCAGUACGGCAACAUCCAAAAGAUUUCGAUUAGUAAUCGCAAGUCUGCCGAUGGCCAGCCCCAAUCCCUUGGUAUCUACGUAACAUUCGAAAAGAAAGAAGACGCAGAUCGGUGCAUACUCGCCGUACACGGCUCGCAAAACGGCGAUCGCGUUCUCAAGGCGCAGCUUGGAACGACCAAGUACUGUUCAGCGUGGCUCAGGCACGAGCAAUGCGGAAAUCGCCAGUGCAUGUUCUUGCAUGAGCUGGGUGACGAGGAGGACAGCUACUCGCGGCAGGAUCUCUCGUCGUUGAACAGCGUCCACACGCAGCGCCCGCUUUCUAAUGCGGCCUCGUCCUCGCGCUCUGCGUCGCGCCAACAGAGUCACCCGAUCGGCGGUUCGCAGCCCAUGGUUCGCACCUCUAGCAAAGAAGGAUCGGACGCCGGUGAUGGGCCGGCCUUACCAGCCUCGGCCAAUUGGGCGCGCACAACCCAGCAGCGAAGCAGAAGGGGUAGUCACGCUACGAGCGGUGCUGCCUCGAGCCCCGCUAUAUCGACCUCACUGCCCGUUGCUGCUGCAUCUGCGCAAGACUCCACUGAAGCUGCAGCAGCUGUAGAGGCGCCUAGCUCGCUGAGUCGAAAGGCUCCCGAUAAGCAGCCUGCGACAGACACGCCGGCCAAAUCCGGUCCCGUCAAUACGAAAGCAGCGACCGAAAUAAAGCCAGAUAUGCUUGAUUUCAGCAUCGUUAUGAAGAUCCUCGCCGCCUGCCCUGAAAGCGUGUUUCUACCGCGCAGCCUUGACGACGAUUCGUACCCGCCUCUCUUCGACGUCAAUGGUGGAGCGCGGAGACGUGCCUUGAGGGAUGAGGAGGAGAACCGUCUGGGCGACCACGAGGAGCCAGUAGAGAACCUCGAGCCGUCUGAAGGCGAGCCUGAAAGUGGUAGUCUUGCUCUCGGGGGGGAGCCUGAGGAUAGAGAUCAGGGUCGCGAAAGCGGCCGCUACGAUCAGAGACGAAAUCUGCCACAGCCCCCAAUUCAACGAACCAAUGCAAACGAGCUGUUCGGACCUAGUUUGUCCGGGUACGGUCAGACUUCUUCGGCGGUCGGCUCUAUUGGCGGUCGUACUAUAACGCCGCAACAGCAGCUCUUUGUACGACCACAGGGCAGUUUCGCUGACCAGAUGCCGCCGGGAAUCUCUCAGCCGUCUUCCUUGUUCCAGGGCCAGGGGCACACUCGCCAGCAGUCGAGGUUCAGCUUCGCGAAUGAGAGCAGCUCCAGCUCGAUCAACGUCAAGUCAACUGGCGACCCUCGAUACAUGGCGCAGCAGUCGUCUAUGAUGCCGUCAGCGUACCGUUCGCAGCCAGGAACUCAGUUGUAUCCUUCGUCGAUGCCGGGGCCUCCCCCCGGACUCAAGUCGGCUGGCACCACGCCUGUGAAUGGCGGGAUGUUUGGUCAAAGUCAUUCCUUCGGAGGAUCGGCGUUUGGCGCAGCAUCCAAGGACACUUCGAGUGAGCUCCUGCAAUCCAUCAUUCGUGGAAGGGGUGCGGGUGGCAACCAGGCCCACGAUGCGGCGAAGCGUGAGUACUUUUCUUCUUUUCAUAACCAAUAUCCACCCUCCACAUCCUCCACCCCAGCUCCUGCUCCGGCUCCGGGCCUCCUGGCAUCGCUCUAUGGUACCCAGCCUGGAGCUUUCCAAGAUUUCGGACCAAAGCAGAAGAAGAAGGGGAAGAAGCACAGACACGCUAACACUUCCUCCUCUGGGGGGAGUGGCUUAGUAGAUCUUGCGGACCCGAGUAUCCUGCAGGCGAGAAUACCGCACCAGCAACAGGGGAACAGCACCGGAGUCGGACAGGGGCUGUAUGGUGGUCAAACCCAAGAUGAUGAUUUCAUACCCUUCGACGAAGUCUCCUCCUCUGUCGACGCGCUAGUCGCGGAUACCGACGGGCCGGAGGAGCCUCAGAUUCCGUACAUACCGGAUGACGGACGGGCGUCGGUGCCGUCGGUGCCGUCUGGGCUGGGCCUAGGCCCCCCGCAGCCCCCGGUGCAAGCUGCGGAGAGAAGCUCAACGCCUGUGCCCACCAGCCAGGCGGGUCAGAAUACGGCGUCCUCGAGAUCGCCGGCCAUCCCGCGGCCCGUAACCCCACUCGUCUCCAGGAUCGGCAUGAAACCGACUGUCCCAGGUAGGAAAGAGAGCGCUUUGGCUGGCGGAAGCGAAGCGAAGAAGAACAUUAAGGAACUGGCUGCGAGGAGUGGCCUGUCUCAAGACAUCGCUUCUCAGGCGUCCAAGUUAGCGAAAGGGAAGAGCGUUUUACACGAAGAAGAUUUCCCGGCACUCGACUCUGUUAAAGCGAAUUCACCUCCCAAGGUAACUCCCGCAUUGCCGUCAAAACCGCUUCCACCUGUGAAGGCACCUCAGGGCAGGAAGGGUGCCAGCGAAGCAGUAGCUAAACCUCCUUUGGAAAAGGCCGUCGUCAGUCCCAGUAGAUCCGAAAAAAGGCCGGUUCCGGGCACUCUUGACAUCGCGGCAGCCACCAAGGCUACCGCGCAAGCCCGCGUCAAUGGAGUCACCAGCGAACCCGAUAGGUCGGUCGGUCAAGCUCAUGCUAGUGCCGGCCAGGCUCAGAAAACCCAAGGGUCCUCCAAUCUGCCCACACCCACGCACACUACGGCAUCCAUGUCGUCCCCCGUCACGAGGGCGGCUCCUAAGACACUCCGCCUCGUCCACACUCCGAAGACGGAAAUGCCGCCUAUUCACAUUCCCCCUGCGGCUGCCGCUUCCAUCCGAGCCGGUAGCAUAGCCAGCUCCGCCAAUCGACCCACGACACCCACUAGCGAGGCCAUCUCCGACACCGCGUCCAUUGUAAGUGCGUCCGUCUCGGUGUCCCGAACAAGUUCCCCUCCUCCCUCGAAGGGCGGCUCAGCAUCGGUGCGUCCAACGACGAAGAGCCAGCAACGCAAACAACGGAAGGAAGCUUCGAAGGAGGCCGCUGCACAGAUCGCCGAAUCCAAGCCGGUAGAACAAGAGGUGGAGAUUGCCCCUAUCCUCGGAAGGAAGAAGAAACAGAAGAAGGAGAAGAAGACGACCACUGUGAGUCGCCCCGACACACCAAGCAUCCCGGAACCGCACGUCGAUGCCUCGGUGUCCCAGAAGAACACCGUCACGACCCCUACAGAUUUGGGCGAGAAGUCUAUCAAAGGCACCAAGGGCUCGGCACUGGCGGGGGAGUCGUCUAAGGCCGGAGAUCAAAAGGGCAGGCCGGCCAGGACCCCCCCAAAGAGCCCGGCGACGAUCGAUACAUCCAUAAAGUUGAAUGAGUCGACGAAAACUACGGUCCUCACUCCUGACUACGUCAGUCACGGUGCAGAACCCAAACCGGAGCAGCCUGUGGACGAGGACAUCGGCGAGAUCCCUAACCUCCGCGACGUGUUUCGGGCCGUCAUCGAGAGCAACGGCUUCCCCGAUGCUGAAGGGAUCAGCUUCUUCAAGACGGUCCAAGGCUACCGCUCAGAUUCGGUUGGAAAUAUGCCGGCGGCCCUGCCACCGACGCUGAAGGCAAUCGUCACGAAAGACGACGAAGACAAACUCAAUGCAUUCCAGCCCGUUAGGAAAGUCGUCAACGAGCACACGGUGCUCCUCACUCCGAACGGCGAUUGCUUGCUCAACCUGACGCAGGACGAAGCGGACCUGUUCCUCGAGCUGCAAGACCGCCUCAGGGCCGACAGCAUUCGCCCCACCGCUUUCUCGGCGCCACGGUACGCGCCCGCGGCAGGCUUUAGCCUCGUGAAAAACCGCGCUGUACCCAACGGCACACCGUCGUACUUCCCGUCAGGACCAGACAACUAUCCGAGCGAUCCCGUCGGGAAGAUGCACCGUGAAGAAGCCAUCAGUUGCAUCAACCAGCACGUCCUCCCGUCCCUCAACCUCAACAACUACAAGGCGACGGGGCUCAAUUCCAAUUCGGGGAAGAAUGUGAACCUACAGCAGUUGGCGCCAUGGAUGUACUCUUCUGGUGAGACCUCGGAGGACCAGAGAAAGAUGUUCCCCGGCAGAACCAGCGAUGAGUUCAGCCACAGUUCGGCGGGAAGCAGCACGGCUGACGGCGUGUACGCCGGCUAUGACAACGCCAGCGGUGGCCCGUCCCCGUCGAUCGGCAGCACGCCUCUGAUGAGCGUGGAAGACGCAGAGAGCGCGUGGACCCAAGCCAAGAAGCAGCACGAGGUGCUGGACAAGAAAUUCCGACAGCUACAAGCUAAGAACCGACGCCUGGUCGGUCUCCAUUGA